UGAAUCCAUUCAUGUGUCAGUGUGAGGCAGCAGCAGGACUCGACUCAGUCCACUCUGAAUGAGCCGCUCGGUGGAGACGGGCGAUUCCGCGUCUCUCUUUCUCUCUUCAGUUCAGGAUGGCAAAGUAAGACGGGGAAGGCGGAGAUAUCAGCAUCUGCGUAUAUGGGAGCCUGUUAUUACAGCCAAGUUUAGUUUCCACUAGAGUUCGACACUCUAGACACACGCUCGACAGUGCGUUUUGGGAAAAUGAAAGUGAAGCGAUCGGGGAUGUGGAGAGCCGGUGUCCUUCUGCUGUUCACCGGCUGCGUGUGCGCAAAUGUGCCGGAGGAGCCCGCGGACAGAGCGGCUCCAUCUGACGGCUACUGCAGCUGGAUAACGCGGGCUCAGCCGCACGGAGCUGCAGGCAGGAGAGAGGGCUUCAGUGAGUUCAGACUGCGAGUGGAAGGAGACCCGGAGCACUACCAUCCCGGCAGCACUUACCGAGUAACCCUGUAUGCAACCAACCCUGCGUACUUCAGAGGCUUUACUCUUAUCGCUCUGAAGGAAGGGCACAAUGGUGACCAGGAGGAGGAUUACGCUGGAAAUUUCCAGAUAAUCGAUGAGGAAGACACACAGUUUAUGACAAACUGCCCUCCAGCAGUGACAGAAAGCACUCCGCGCAGAAGGACCAGGAUACAGGUGUUCUGGACAGCGCCCCCAUCAGGCAGUGGCUGUGUGCUGUUGAAAGCUAGUAUUGUUCAGAGGAAGAUCAUCUCAUUCCAGGACGAGGGCUCACUCACAAAGCGGAUGUGUGAGAAAGAAUCACUGUAUGGAGAGAGCACAGACAAACCCCUGCUGGACUGCUGUGCCUGUGGAACUGCCAAAUACAGAGUCACCUUCUACGGGAACUGGUCAGAGAAAUUGCACCCAAAAGACUACCCAAGGAGAGCCAAUCACUGGUCGGCCCUCAUCGGAGCGUCCCAUUCGAAGAACUAUAUCCUGUGGGAGUAUGGAGGCUAUGCCAGCGAAGGGGUCAAACAGGUCGCUGAACUGGGCUCACCGGUCAAGAUGGAGGAGGAGAUCCGGCAGAAGGGUGACGAGGUCUUGACCGUCAUAAAGAUGAAGGCCCAGUGGCCAGCCUGGCAGCCCCUAAAUGUUCGAGCGGCUCCUUCAGCCGAGUUCUCAGUGGACCGCACACGUCACCUGAUGUCCUUUCUGACCAUGCUGGGUCCCAGUCCUGACUGGAACGUGGGUCUGUCAUCAGAGGACCUGUGCACCAGAGAGUGUGGCUGGGUCCAGAAGGUGGUUCAGGACCUCAUUCCGUGGGAUGCGGGGACAGACAGCGGGGUCACUUAUGAGUCUCCCAACAAGCCUACAACACCUCAGGAGAAAAUUCGUCCCCUCACAAGUUUAGACCAUCCACAGAGUCCUUUCUACGACCCGGAGGGAGGCGCGAUCACUCCUGUGGCCAGAGUUGUUGUGGAGAGAAUUGCCCGCAAGGGCGAGCAGUGCAACAUUGUGCCUGAUAAUGUGGACGACAUUGUGGCUGACAUUGCCCAGGAGGAAAAGGAAGAAGAUGACACUCCAGAGACAUGUAUCUACUCCAACUGGUCUCCGUGGUCUGCGUGCAGCUCCUCGACGUGUGAGAAGGGGAAGAGGAUGAGGCAGAGGAUGCUGAAGGCACAGCUGGAUCUCAGUGUGCCCUGUCCACAUACUCAAGACUUUGAGCCCUGCAUGGGGCCCGGCUGCAGUGAUGAGGAUGCUUCCACCUGCAUGAUGUCAGAAUGGAUCACAUGGUCACCAUGCAGCAUGUCGUGUGGCGCAGGCGUGCGUUCUAGGGAGCGCUAUGUAAAACAGUUUCCUGACGAUGGUUUCGCUUGCACCCAUCCCACUGAAGAGACAGAGCCGUGCACUGUCAAUGAGGACUGCUCUCCAAGCAGUUGCCUGGUUACUGAAUGGGGUGAAUGGGAUGCAUGCAGUGCCACCUGUGGGCUUGGCAUGAAAAGGCGGGAACGGAUGGUGAAAAUGCCCCCGUCUGAUGGCUCUAUUUGUGGGGCUGAGGUGGUGGAAGUGGAGAAAUGCAUGAUGCCAGAAUGCCACACAAUCCCGUGUUUACUGUCCCCGUGGUCGGAUUGGAGCGAUUGCAGUGUUACGUGUGGUAAAGGCACACGGACACGUCAGCGUAUGCUCAAGUCACCUGCAGAGUUGGGAGAAUGCAACGAGGAGCUGGAACAGAUGGAGAAAUGCAUGCUGCCAGAGUGUCCAAUGGACUGUGUUAUGUCUGAUUGGUCCGAGUGGUCCGAGUGCAGUAAAUCCUGCGGGAAGGGCCACUUGGUCCGCACGCGUACGAUCACUCUGGAGCCUCAGUUCGGUGGGGAUCCGUGCCCUGAGAUCACACAGAGAAAAACAUGCAAGAUCAAAAAGUGCAAUCAAGGAGGCAUAAGCAGUGAUGAGAGGAAGAGACGCAAGGAAGACCGUAAGAAGAGGCGGAAUAAACAGGGAAGGGAGGAGAGCGCAGAUGAGCUCGCAGGAUGCAAAAUGAAGCCGUGGUCUGCGUGGACUGACUGUACCAAGCUGUGUGGUGGGGGAAUCCAGGAGCGGUUAAUGACGGCCAAGAGGAGAUUCAAGAACGCACAGCUAACUAGCUGUAAAGACCGAAAGGAGAUACGGGCCUGCAACGUCCAUCCCUGCUAGGGCCGUGCCGAACGGGCUUGUGUGACGGGACCCGAUCCAGAUCACGAACAGACUGUGACGCACUGUCACACGGUAUAUUUAAUGCACUCUGUGUGAGGUUGGAAAGCUGCAACAGGUAGUCUGUUAUUUUUAUUACUUUUAUUUUCUAGAAUUUAUAGCGACCCAGGCAUUGUCUAGCCUGUAAAGGAACGGGAAACCGACAGGGAGGGCGCUCAGAGUUGCAGAGUACUGUACAAAUUCAGAUGUAUUAAUAUGCAUUAGUAUUUGAGAGUAACAGCCCUCUGUGAAGCUUUGAAGAGGGGAGAUCUUUUGAAGAUUGAUUUUUCACAAGCAGGACCGUGGCAUAUUAAAGAUUAAUGUGUUCUGACAUGAAAUGCAAAACAAAUUUCUCCUUUUAUAUUCUGUGAUCCAAACACACACGCAAAAUAACAUCCAUCCAACAGAAAUGACUUUUAAAAUCACAGUCAUAAGUGUCAGAGGUUCAAAGACAUCAUGUGAUGUGAUUUUUUUUUUUUUUUUUUCCUUGCUACACAUGAACAGGUCAGAGGAAACACUGACAGGUACAUUGUUCACAUUCACCCUAUAAUCACAGCGAUCAGAAGAGCUACGUUUAGAUGCAUGCAAACCAUUCAUUCAGAAGAUUUAUUUCUGUUUUAUUGGUAUGUAUUCAUCCAGGUCUCGUUUAAAUGUAGGUAUUAGUACGGAAUAUUUUGAGGUACAAACAAAACAUACCAAAACUAUCCCGAACCCGAAAUUUGUACAUUUGGAUAGACACUGAAACGUACAAUUUUGCUAUAUUGACAACUUAUAAACUGUAAACACUAUUACGUGUUUAGAGCUACAGUAACUUAACAUAUUUACAAAUUGUGUAUAUCAUAAAUGCCUCUUGUUUAGUUGCAUUUUUACCAUUUUAUUAGAUCUACUGACACAACCCUCUAAACAGAAACAUAACAGAGUGUGAUCACCAUAAUGUAUUUAUUGCUAAAAUGUCAAAAGGCAGUACCAAAGCAGUCCAAACAACUUCUGUUUCAGUCGCACUCUUCUCUGGCCGUAUAUAAUCGUUUUAUGUGAGGGACAGAGCACAAUAUACAGAAGCUGCUAAUCACUGAAAAUCUUAUUCCAGUAGUCACAUAUCUCAUUCAAAGGCAUAUACUGAAAGUGUAGACUUGUUUAAUAUUUCAUGUUAUGUCAUCCUUUUUAAGGAAAUGAGUCAACUGGGUUUAAGAAGUGCAGCUGAAAACAAUAUGAUCAUAAACAAUUAAUUACACAACUUUAAAUAUUCAUAAACAUGUAUUUGUUCUACAUGCUGUCAAUGCAGCAGUUUUGUACGUUUUAUUGUCUAUGCCAGUGGUUCACAUUCAUGUUCCUAGAGCCACCCAUUUCAGUUCUGGAGUCUCUGCUAAUGAGCUGAUGAUCUGAAUCUCGUGUGUUUGAUUAAGGGCAUACACUGUGCGAUUUUCAUCCGAUUUUGAGCCGAAUUCUGACUCGUUUUUUGAGUCGGGCCGAAUUUCAGUUUUGUCGUGCGUCGUGCAGUGUUCAUGCAGUGUACAGGGGAAAACGAGAAGCGAUUAGCCUCUCCCGACGGCCCCUUGUGAGGAUAUCACACAGUUGAAGCAGAGCUACGAACCGACUUCCCUAAACUCACAAAAAUAGAACUUUAACCAUUUAAUCUUUAAACCAGCGAAAAAAGAAAAUGAAAAGAGGGAGAUCUUUUGAUUAAAAUAAUGUUAUUAUAACGAGAAAUGUGAACCGUUGUAAGUCAUUUUGCAAUUAAUGAUAAAGACAAACACGUCACAAAAUUAUAAAUAUUUCAGUUUUAAACCAUCAAGGUGUGAGAGACAUUUGGGUAUAAACUUAAUUUAUUUUUAUUAAAAAAAAAAAAUCUCCUAUGGCUGAUAUACGUAAUUAAAAACAACAAAAUUUACAUUUCAUGUUAAACGAGUGGUUUUUGGAAUCUCCUUGUCUAUAAUAAAAUUGUUAUUUUCAGCGAUGACUGAUUAUUACAGUGUUCCACACACACUACUUUAGACUGUUGAGAAUUUUAAUUAUACACCUAUUGAUUGUGUAAUAUAUCUUCAUGUUUUAAAUCAUUUUCAGUAAGGAGUAAGCUAAUUUAAUCUUUUAUUAACUGUACGUCAGUUGUGCGGUUACAACUGAAUUGUAGUAGACCUAAACUUAAUAAUAAAAGUACAAAUUAAUAAUAACAACAACAAUAACAGCAAUAGUAAUGGUAAUAAUUUAAUAAUUAGAAAUGCCAAAUCCUCUCGAUAUCACCGAUACCUGAUGCUUUUAUUUAUUUUAGUUUUUUUAAGAUAUCUCUGGCUGUCGUCCAUACACACGCUGCCUAUUUCACACGUAUAGUGUGAGCACGAGUCGUGAGCUUUGGCUUUACAUCGCAUGCGAUCUGCUCGUACAGUGUGAGUUGGUACCUUCUUGAAAUCGCACAGUGUAUGCACAGGACACGGAGACAUGCGAAGAGACACGGAGGACAUGCAGGGUUUGGGGCUCCAGGAAUGUGGUUGGGAGCCCCUGCUCUAUGCAAAUGGUCAAAUGCAGACAGUCACAAGAUCGUGUCGAUAUACUGCACAUUUUUUUGCAGAAUUGUUUACUUGCAUCUAAAGGGUGCUAUUCUGUUUUGACAUCUUCAGUGAUUAUUACUUGUUUUUAUUUCAAUAGCUCUUCAAUAUAGAGUGGCCCAGAAACUAUCCUGACACCUGAAGUCUCACUUAAAAUGUAUGAUUUGUCAUUGCACUGGGAGAUACAAUAUCACACCAAAUGGUGUCUGAAAACAAAUGAUGUUAACUUCACUUUUAAACCUGUUUUAACAUGACGUUAUCCAGCUGGCGUCAGACAGGUGUCCUGGCAGAAUACAGCUGUAGUCCGUAAUGUAGACGUGUUCCACUAAAGUUUGUCUUCAUUUUAUCUGUUGUUUAUUUAUUUCAAUAUUUAAACAGAUAUUUUGAAAAACGUAUUCGUACAAUGUUCAAAAUAAAUGGUUCAUGGUUGCAUAUAUUUAUAUGCUGUAACAUUCAUACAUUUUAAGUAUAAUUUCAGUGUGUUCAUAUUUUGGGGGGAAACACUGCAACACUAAAUAUUAAUUUCAGAUAAAGAGGAGAAAAAUGUUGUUGAAGCAGAUCUUUGGUUUUCAUAGCCAAUGAAAAAACUAUAUGAGUGCACUAUGAGAGAAAGGAAAGGCCACUCAAAUAAUUUGCCCUUCUAUGAAUCAAGCCCUAGAGCUGGUAAUAUGUUUGAUUUUAAAAGCUUUUUUUUUUUUUUUUUUUUUUUUU